ACGCGCGCGCAAGGUGAGCGCAGGGGAUCGCGACCAGGCGUGCGACUGUGAUCACGGACCGCCCCUUCGCCUCUUGCACAGUCAUGUCUUGCAACGAAGGGCCGGACUGUCGCCUCUAGUAGUGCUUUUUUAGAAGGGACGAGGGAAGCUGCUAAGAUGCCAGUCAUAGCUGAAAUCAUCUUUGUGUUGAUUGUGGCUUUGAGCUUGAAGACAGCCUCCAGUUACAGUAAUGGAAAAGUGACAAAUGCCUGCAUGAAAAUGGUACCAGAUCAUGGCUAUCAUUCCAGCACAGAAGUCCCCCCUUACACAAUUACAGUGGAUAAGAGAACAUUCAGCCCUGGAGAACAGAUCAGAGUAAAUCUAUCUGUGACUGGGGGCAAGCCUUUCAAAGGCUUUCUAAUUGAAGCCCGGGACACUGGAAACCUUAAUGGUGAUGCAGUAGGAUCCUUUGCCCUUGUUGAUUCCACUUCCUCACAGCUUUUGAAAUGUGGCCAAACACAGGGAUCAGCUGUGAGCCACACCAGUGAUGCCAAGAAGACAAAAAUGCAGGUUAUUUGGAAGGCUCCAAAAAUGUCUCCUCUGAGUGUCCAGUUUCUGGCAACUGUGGUGCAGCGCUACAGUGUUUACUGGGUGAAAAUUCCUGGCCCUGUGGUGUCUCAGAAUGGAGUAACUCCAGACCCACCCCAUCCAAUUUCCAUGAUUACCACUAUGAGCACUGUGGCAAUACCACCAGAUCCAUUGCCUAACAUGUUUAGCUCAGAGGGGUGUGGAAGCCAGAAAACUUGUUUGCGAGACCCUGUUGGCUGUGACCCAGGUGUGGACCAUCUGUGUUUUUUCCUCUCCUUUACCUGGAUGGGGGAAACAGUGCUUUUUGAGCUCAGCGGGCCAGCUGAAGGAUAUGUGUCAUUCGGACUUUCAAAAGACAAAUGGAUGGGGAAUGAUGAUGUGUACCUCUGUGUGCGAGUUGGAGAUCGGGUGGAUAUCAGUGCAGCGUACCUCAGAGGCCGGACACACCCUGAGCAAGUGUCACAGAGUUCGCUGGCCGACCUGGUAUGGAGCUCAGCCAACGGUGUGAUUAGGUGCAGGUUCCGCAGGAGUGUCCAUGUCCCAGAGGACCAGAGGCGGUUUAACCUGAAUGGCAGCUACUACCUUUUUGUGGCACAUGGGAGAGCUGAUGAUGGCAAGAUUCAUAGACAUGCCCUCCAGCCUCUGAUUUCAAACAAUCCGAUAGUUAUCACUGGGACACCUGAAGAUUUAAGUGGGUCACGCUCAUCGGUGAUAAUGAAGUUCCAUGGAGUGUUCAUGCUUAUUGCGUGGAUGACAACUGCUAGCACUGGCGUAAUUUUUGCCCGCUACUUCAGACAUGACUGGCCUGGCAGUGCACUGUUUGGACAGACGAUUUGGUUUCAGGUGCACAGAACCUUGAUGGUGCUCACUGUGUUACUCACUUGUCUGGGAUCCAUCUUUGCAUUUACUUACAGAGGAGGCUGGAGCCGUCGUGCGGGGGCUCACCCUUACCUGGGCUGCGCUGUCAUGGCUCUGGCAAUCCUCCAGCCCGUCAUGGCUGUUUUCCGACCACCACCUGAUUCUGCACGAAGGUGGAUGUUCAACUGGAUGCAUUUGAGUGCAGGCACAAUUGUGCAGAUAAUUGCAGUUGUGGCCAUAUUCCUUGGGAUCCACCAGCAGGCUUUAUUACUACCUCAGCCGGGUUCCACGAGUGUGCUCGCAGUAUUCGUCGUCUGGGGUGUGGCGGUGGAGCUUGUGUUGGAGUUUCAUGCCAAAGGCCUUUUCAAAAUAUGGAAGAACAAGUCUGCAGAUCAAGAGGCAAUUCUUUCUAGCCAGUCUGGGACAAGCAGUAAGGAAAGUCGGUUUAAGAAGAUCAUUCUAGGAAUCUUUCUCUGUGGGAAUAUUGCUUUCCUGACUGUACUUCUACACAUUAUUAGUAAUGUGUGAUUUCUUCUGAAGAUUUUAUCAAACACAAAUCUAAAGGAAUCUGGAUUUACAUGCUUCACUCCUCCGUUCAUCUAGUUUGGCUUCAUACUGAGAAUUUGUUGGUCAAGUUGGUUUUUCAUACUACAGAACAACUGGUAAACUGUUAUCAACAUUGAGUUACAGAUAUACAUUACUGCUGGAUCCAUGCAGUGUCCCCUUUCUUUUGUAUAACAAAGAAUAUUGCAACUAACCUUGCAACUUAUUUAAUGGUGUUGCACUAUUUUAUUAAUUAUAUUGCACUUUGACACCUUAUUGUGGACAAAAAAAAUAGAUGGCAGAAAGUAUGAACAUAAGAACAAAGUAAAGUAAAUAUGCUUAAUAUUCCGUUAAUUAUGUUCUGAUAAGGAGAAACUUAUGCAUAACUGAGAGGAUGCCAAGAAGAUAUUCUUGUUUGUUUUGGUGUUGUGCGUAAAUGUUGUCAUAAUGUUUUAAUGGAUGGUUAAUAUAUAUAAUAACAGGAAGCAACUGUUUUCUUAAAGAUUCAGCUUAUUGGAUGAAUAUAUGAAGAGAUUAUAUUGUGUGUUUUUUUUUAUUUGAAUUAACAUUGCAAAUAUGAGUACCUUGAAUUUCACGGGGGGUUCUUGUGCUUUGUGCAUUUAAUCAAAUGUUUCCAUUUCUAAAUGUACAGUCUUUUGCAAAAUACUUAAUGUUUAUUAUUUGGUUAUUACAUUUGAAACAAUACUUAAUGUUUUCUGGUAGAAAUAAAUUCUUAGCUUUUCUGUUCAGUUAAGGUAGAGUAAUCUAUUCACUAAGAUAGGGCCCAAGGCCCACUAAUGUGCUGUAUGAAGAAACCUUCUCGGUCCCUGCUAAGGCUUAAGUUAUGAAAAGCUUAACUUAUACAACCUGCAAAAAUAUUGCUGUCAUUCUUUAACACCAAGCUAGCAAUUACCAAGAAACAGAUUUUUUGUGACAUUGUGGUAGAAUGCUUUGGGCCUUUAGGGAGAACUGGAACUCAGAAGGCAUGUCACUUAAAGUUUUCAAUAAUCUGUCACUGAAAGUUCCAGCAGUCUUAUGUUCAGCUUUAACCCUUAGUUUUUGAUCAAAUCAUUACAAACCAAUAAAAGAAAAAAGUGCCUUUUUGUGUUUUU